AUGAGAUUUAGCUCUAUAGAUUUACUCAAAAAAUACCGGCGGCCAUUUCCAUCUGGAAUAGUGGCAACAACGUUGUCGUCGACCCAUCCAAUUGCUCCCAACAAUACUGCUUUGAAGGGCUCACCACCUGUCGACGGCAUGAAAGACUGGCUAUUGAAACUUGGGUAUCAAGCGGAACAACUCAAUCAGCUGAACGUCAUUCACGUGGCCGGAACGAAAGGAAAAGGCAGUACAUGUGCGCUUGUUGAUUGCUUCCUACGCCAAAACGCGAACAGAAGUGGAGUCCGCAGGAAGAUUGGUCUUUAUACAUCACCAAGUCUGAGACCGAAUAAUAGAAUCCGAAUCGAUUCUCAAGCGAUCUCAGAUGCGAUUUUGACCAAACGCAUCGUUGAAGUAGAACAGGGCCUCUCUCUUGGCACAAAUCAUUCCAGUCCUGACUCAAGGAAACCCGGAUUUCUCCAGAUGAUGGCUGUGGUAGCUUUUCAUCAUUUCAUUCAAGAAGGCGUUGAUGUUGUCAUAUGUGAAGCGCAUCAUGGCGGGCAAUUCGAUGCGACCAACUUCAUUGAACGUCCCAUAAUCACUGCCAUAACCAGGAUCGGUAUGGAUCAUGUCGAUAAUCUAGGAGGAUCUAUUCAAAACAUUGCCUGGCACAAGGGUGGCAUAUUCAAAGAGAAUGUCUCCGCGUUUUCUGCUCCACAAGUAUCUGAAGCAGAGCAUGAGUUAAGGCACCGUGCAGAAGAGUUAAAAGCGCCCCUUCACUUGAUCAGUAAUAUCACAGCCACACUCUCUCAAUUCAUCAGUGAUGAUACUUUGAAAAGGAUACCUCUUGAGCAACGAGAAAAUUUCGCUUUGGCUGCGCAAAUCACUUAUGCAUUCCUCCAGAGGAAGGGCCACUCACUUAACGAGGAUGACAUUAAUGCCGGGAUUGAUCAGUACAGCUGGUCUGGACGGUUCAGCGUCAUCAAUUUUGCAUGCUCUACUUGGUAUUUGGAUGGAGCACACAACGAAACCAGCAUAGAGCUUGCGGCAAAGUGGUAUGAACGUCUCUCAAACAAAAAUGCUAGUGGUCCUCGAGUCCUUGUUUUUGCUCACUUUUCACCAUCUCGAACCCGUGACUGGAAAGGAAUACUUGAAAAACUAGGAAGUUUUUUGGGGCCUAUCCAGCAUGCUGUUUUUGUGCAAAAAAUCGAAGCCGAUGCUCGUUUCAGCAUUACAAAUGAACGACUGGAUGAUUAUGCCGAAGUUUGGAGACAGAGACAGCAAUGGCCUUCAAGCUUAAUCUACAAGGAGGCAAAUGUUCGCGAUGCCAUCGAUAGGACCAAAAACAUUGGUUCAGGAGCCCAGGUUUUGGCCAUAGGAAGUUUGUACUUGGUAGAAGCUCUGCUUGAACAAUUAAACGCGUCGUAA